AUGGUUUCCGGCGUUCCGAAGUUCACGAGCUUCAGGCCGAAGUCAAAGGAUGCUGCGAGCCUUGAGAAAGAACCGACAGAACCAGAACAUCGGGAGCGAUCGGCGAGAUCUCCUAACGAGAGAAGCUCCAGCGAGUCGAAGAAACCAUCGCGAAAAAGGGAUUCAGAGAGAGGGCAAAGACCAGAGAAAACAAUAUUACAGGAAAGGACUCCAGAAACGAGCACAUUGCGGCAGAAGAACCCGCGACGCGCGGAGUCGACAUCGCUCAACGGCCCCUCCAAAUCAUAUUUUAGCGACAGACGAGGCGAUCGCGACAUCGUAAGAUACGGCAGCCUUAAUCGACAUGAUGUACCGGACUAUCGACGCUUUGGCUGCGGAUACGUGCUCGGUCUUGCUUUAGACUGGAAGAUAGACCGCAACCUAUCCACAGAGAAAGCCAUAGUUCUCACCACUCUAAAUGGACGUCGCAAGGAAAGAUUACUAACGAACAAGCAUGCUGUUCGGGAGCGGACCAAGGCGAUACGUUUCGUCAGAAGAUCGAAAGAGAACGAUGUAGCCGAUCACGAUCGCGAUUUCAUCGCACUUUCGACGACACGGAAACGAAAGCGUGGCGAACACGAGUCCGACGGUGGUGCGGACGGGGAUCUUGAUUAUCGCGGUAUACAAGAUACGAAUACUAGUGAGCCGGCAGAUUCAGAUGCAGAAUAUGAACAUGAAUCUGUUGUGAACGCUGUGAACGCUGACGUGACUGCACGAAACUCGGUCUUGGUGCGCAGGACGAAAGAUCACCCAGAAGAUCUACAGGCCUGGAUCGAGCUUAUCGAAUACCAAGAAGACAUGAUGAAGAUGGAGCGGUCAUCAACCGAGCUGUGCACCACAGACAAAAUGCAUCUUGCCGAGAUUCGAGUUUCUAUCUACGAGCAGGCACUAAAAAAUGCCAACAGCGAUGAGCAUGGUCAGGUCAAGCUAUAUUGUGGUAUGAUGACCGAGGCCGCUAGAGCUUGGCAUGAAGAACAAAUGGCGCGCAAAUGGGCUGAGGUCCUCGCGAAACUUCCGUUCAGCGCCGAGCUUUGGCUGAAGUAUUUGGACUGGCUAGAAUCGAGUUUUAUCAGUUUCAGGUACGAAGCAUGUAUAACCACGUUUCAACAAUGCUUGAAAACGAUGCAAAUGAGCACGACAGCCAUCGACCCAGAUCUAAGUCUCUACAUUUUUUGUCGCCUUACCUCUCUCAUACAUCAAGCCGGUUAUCAAGAAAUUGCGCUGGCUAUAUGGCAAGCUCUGCUUGAAUAUCAUGCAUUGGCCCCUACGGAUCCGCCACGGUCCUUGCAGACGUUUGAAGAAUUUUGGGAGAGUGAGGCACCUCGCAUUGGAGAGGACAAUGCGAAGGGUUGGCGAAACUCCAACAUGGAUGACAACUCUUUUCUCGAGGCAGAUAUCGUUCAGCUCAUCAAACCGGAUACCGUGGACGCCAUUUGGGAUGAUUUCCGGAAGCGAGAGGUAGACCACAUCUCGAAGCUACAAAAUCCAGGUCGUACGAUUGAUGAGCUGGGUAAAGACGACCCCUUCCACAUGGUUCUCUUUUCAGAUAUCGAAGUGUAUCUGAAGCUUCUUCCACGGUCUUGCGGGCAAAUCGCCAUGAUUUCCGCGUUUCUGCAAUUCUGUGAUCUACCUCCCCUUGAAAGCAACGGCUCGUAUGUUGACAGAUAUACCUUGGAUCCUUUUCUGCGGACAGGAUGGAACGAAGCUCCUCAAGAAGACCCGAUUGGUUUUACCGGCCUCAUUACAAAAUACACAAAAUGUCCAAUACAGAAGUUUCAGUCGACUCCACAGCUACUUUUUUACCAGGGUUUCCCUGAGACGCCCAGAAUCGUCGAUGUUGGAUUCGUACGCAAGGCAUUAAAACUGCUUGUUGGUGAGGUACUGGAUGGAGACUCCAUCGGGGAAUAUCUGCUCGCACUUGAAUCUCAGUACUUUCCUACUGAAUCUUUCAAAACCGCCAAAGAGCUAUUGAAAGCACGUCCUACAAGCUUACGUCUUUACAAUGCUUAUGGGCUAGUGGAAUCACGCCGAAAUUGUUUCGAAAGGGCAGACCACGUAUUCAGUGCUGCACUCUCAACGCAGAAUGGAGACUCGGCUUUCUCGACAAGCGGCAGCCUUGAAAUUUUCUAUAGCUGGGUUUGGGAAGCUUUACGACGAAGCGACGGGGAGGAAGCGCUUUGGCGUCUAGUAUCUCCUACAGGCAAGAUCGAAAAGGUGUCUGGUGCUGAAGGUGCCCCGAACCAAGCUGCUCUUCUUCGGGCCCAAAGAACUUUAAACGACACCUGCGAGCGAGCGCUGCUGGCUAGCCACUUCUCAAGAGCCGCCAUGGCGACAUCGCUCAUCGCUAUCCUAACGUAUUUUUCGAGUAACGAGAAGCCGGAGGCAGCACUAUUAAGCUUUUCGCGGCUUUCCACUUGGCUUUCACGCCACAACAUGUCACAAAGCUCAGCAGCGGAGAUUCACGCUCAAUACGUUGCACAAUUUCUGAUAUUGCACACCGAACGCGCACGUAUUGUCAAACCUGCACUCCUACGCGAAACUUUAGAGCCUCUCAUUGCGAAAUUCCCAGACAAUACGAUCCUCUUAUCACUUUAUGCCGCUAACGAAGCACGGUUUGCCAUCGAUGACCGUGUUAGGUCCAUAAUGCACCAACGCUCUCAAGACAAGGACCGCACGAUCGUAAGCUGGACGUUCGCAAUCCAUCAUGAAACCCUGCGAGGGGAGAUCGCCGGUUCAACAUCGCAUUCCAUCCGCGCUCUCAUCGGGAAAGCGGAAGAAGACAUCGGUGCGCAUUGCCCAGCUUUGUGGAAGCAGCAUGUUCUAUUCGAAAUUGCAGAGGCACGGAAAGAGCAUAAAAAAUUAUCCCGGAUAAGGCCGCGCAAGGAUGGAAAGAGAUCCAAGGAGGAGAUCAGAGUAGGAGAGGCACAUAAGAGGGUCAAGGACACCUUCUUUCGAGGUUUAACGCACCUGCCUUGGUGCAAAGACUACAUGAUGAUGGCAUUUACACACUUGGGAGAGGAGUUUCUGGGACAGGAAGAUCUAAGGAAGGUGUACAAUGUUAUGGUGGAGAAGGAGCUACGGGUAUACGUCGAAAUCGAAGAGCCUGGUGCCUGA